AUUAAAGAUGUGGCUAUCAAAGAGCACAAAAUUUCUUAUCACUUAAAUUAAAAAAAUUCAACUCAUUCACACAAUAACUUGUAGACUAGUUAUGUGUCUUCUUCUACUUUGCAAUAAUAUACACCCACCAACACCAACACCAACACCAACACCAACACCAAAUUCAUCUUUAUAAAUAGUGACAAUUUCCAAUCCAAUUUUUUCAUUAUAGUAGAAGAAAUUAAAUAGCCAUAAACUUUUUAUUUUCUUUUUGCAAAUUAAAUUUAACCAAAAAAUGGCUAUUUCUUCUUUUUUGAGUUUCUUUUUCUUGCUCAUAUGUCUUAAAUUAUCUCAUACACAAUCAGUACCAGCAGCUUACAUGUUUGGGGAUUCUUUAAUUGAUGUUGGCAAUAACAAUUAUUUUACUACCAUUAUUAAGGCUAAUUUUCCUUAUAAUGGUCAUGAUUAUCCUGGUGGAAAACCUACUGGAAGAUUUUCCAAUGGAAAAAACACUGCUGAUUUUCUAGCUGAGAAAUUAGGAAUACCAACACCUCCCCCAUACUUGGCUAGCAAGAAUAGUCAGUUUCCACAAGGUGUAAGCUUUGCUUCUGGUGGAGCUGGAAUCUUCAAUGGCACCAAUGAUGACUUACUUAGUAAAGCAAUUCAUUUGUCUCAACAAGUGCAGUUUUUCUCCAUUGUGCAACAAAAUUUGGUGAAGCAAUUAGAACUUGAUGGUGCAAUGAAGCAAUUAUCAAAGUCUAUAUUUGUUGUUGUCAUUGGAAGUAAUGAUAUGAUUAAUUAUUUUAAAUCUGAUUCAAAACUCCCAAAGACAAAAACACCUCAGCAAUUUGUUGAUGAGAUGGUCUCUACUCUACAAGGCCAAUUAAAGCACUUGCAUGGUCUAGGUGCACGUAAAUUUGUGAUAACAGCAAUAGGAUCAGUUGGAUGCAUUCCAUUAUUAAGAUACCAAAGUGCAAAUAAGUCAAAUGAAUGUUUCCAACAAGCUAAUUUCUGGGCAAACAAAUAUAACCAACAACUUCAAUCUAUGCUACAAGAUUUGAAGGCUGAUCAGUUGAAGGAUAUAAAUUACUCAUUAAUGGAUACGUACAAUUUGUUGUUCGAUGUCAUCCAGAAUCCAGCUACUUACGGUUUUAGUGAAGUGAAAGCUGCCUGUUGUGGACUUGGAAGACUAAGAGCUACAGUUCCUUGCACACCAGUUGCAUUAUUCUGCAUCAAUAGAAGUAGCCAUGUUUUUUGGGAUAGAUAUCAUCCUACUGAAGCUGCUAAUCGUAUAAUUAUCAACACUACUUUUGAUGGAACCAACAAAUAUGUUUUACCACUAAAUGUGAAGCAACUUAUUGCCUUGUAGUUUUGCAUAUUGAACAUAGAAACACAAAGAAGAAAGAUAACCAAAGUUAAUCAUUAAAUUCCGGCAUAGCCCCUAGCAGGGCUUUAGUGCACCGAGCUACCCUUUCUAUCAUUACUGAAUUAUACUUUUUGUUACUAUAAUUUAUUUCUUGCAAAUUUCUAAAGUAAAAGCUGCGCAUAUAUAUAUAUAUGUUUGAACGA